GCGCGGGCCGUGCGCGCCGCCCGCUGCAUCCCUUCCCGGAGCGCAGCCGGCAGCGCGGGCGCGCCGGGCCGAGGCGAGCCCCGGUGUGGAACCCCCAGUCCGCGGCAGCAGCACCAGCUCCUGCUCUCUGGACACUCCCCCCACCCAAGAGAGAACACAAAACCCAGAUGCCAGCGAUGAAGGAGGACAUGGCCACAAGUUCACCUGACCCUUCCUGCAUAAAACCAAAGCCACCUCCAGACACGUGCCCUGGUGCCUCCGUCUCUAUGCAAAACCUGGAGGAUAGAAACCUAUCCCAGAUGCAGCAAGAAGCUGACUCAACAGGGAACCAUCUCAGGACUGCAGUUUGAGCUACACACUUGGCUUCCGAAAAUUUGCCUUUCCCUCAUCUUUGUUGAGGUCAACGUCUAACAAUUUAGAAGAGAUACUGAAUCAGGGAUUGAAGGCCCAUCAAAAUUUGUACACCUGUUUGGGCUCUGCUGGGACCCAGAAGCCCAGUGCUUGGUACGGUUGAUGCUCCGGAAAGCUGAAAGAGAAGCAGCCGAGGCCUGUGGCUGAAGGAAGGAACUGGAGGGUCCCAGAAUGGAGCCCAAUGGCACAGCCAGUAACACAGCCUCCUCCUCUUGCCUGGAAUCAACCGCAUUCAAGGUCACCCUCAGUCUGGUCCUCACGGUCCUCAUUCUCAUCACCGCCGCCGGCAACGUGGUGGUCUGCUUGGCCGUGGGCCUCAACCGCCGGCUCCGCAGCCUGACCAACUGCUUCAUCGUGUCUCUGGCCAUCACCGACCUGCUCCUUGGCCUCCUGGUGCUCCCCUUCUCGGCCAUACACCAGCUGUCCUGCAAGUGGAGCUUCGGCAAGGUCUUUUGCAAUAUCUACAUCAGCCUGGACGUGAUGCUGUGCACGGCCUCCAUCCUGAACCUAUUCAUGAUCAGCAUUGACCGUUACUGCGCUGUCAUGGACCCACUGCGCUAUCCUGUGCUGGUCACCCCCGUCCGGGUUACCAUCUCGCUGAUCUUAAUUUGGGUCAUCUCCAUCACCCUGUCCUUCCUAUCUAUCCACUUGGGCUGGAAUAGCAGGAGCGGGACCAUCCAAGGCAAUCACACCUCGCCCAAGUGCAAAUUCCAGGUCAAUGAGGUCUAUGGCUUGGUGGACGGGUUGGUCACCUUCUACCUGCCCCUGCUGAUCAUGUGUGUCACCUACUACCGCAUCUUCAAGAUCGCCCGGGAACAGGCCAGGAGGAUCAACCAUAUCAGCUCCUGGCAAGCAGCCACCAUCAGGGAGCACAAAGCCACGGUGACGCUGGCCGCCGUGAUGGGGGCCUUCAUUAUCUGCUGGUUCCCCUACUUCACUGCCUUUGUCUACCGUGGGCUGAAGGGGGAUGAGGCCAUCAAUGAGGUGGUGGAGGCCGUUGUGCUGUGGCUGGGCUAUGCCAACUCAGCCUUGAACCCCAUCCUGUACGCUGCCCUCAACAGGGACUUCCGCACCGCCUACCAGCAGCUCUUCUGCUGCAGGAUGGCCGGACGCAACUCCCAGGAGGCUUGCCUGAGGUUCAACAACACGCUAUCCAGGAGCCAGAGUCGAGAGCCCAGGCAGCAGGAAGAGAAGCCUCUGAAACUCCAGGUGUGGAGUGGGACAGAAGCCACAGCACCCCAGGGAGUCACAGACAGGAAGCCAGCGCUGUCCCGCCCCGUGUGCUCCAGCGACCUCCUGAGCUGCUGCAAGAGCCUGUGGGGGCUGAGCUUUCCUCAGAGACACACGGGAGGCCCCGCAGAGGAGCAACCGGGAGAGCCACCAUCUGAGGGGCCACUAAGGACACCGCCCCAUGAAGCGGUGAGGACACCGCCCUCGGAGGUUGUCUAAGACCCGGCCUGAGGAGGCUGGGCUGCUGCUCCCCGUCUCCAAGAUCUGACUCCCUGAACCUCUCAGGACCCCAGCUCCCAGAACCACCAAGGAUGCAGCCUCACGCAAGUGUGGGGGAUCCUGGAACACACAGCAGAGUGCUGGGAUCCUGGGUCCUUGGACAGAGCCACCAGUUCCAUGCCCAGCCCCCCAGACGGAUGCUGGGGGUGCCUUGGCCUGGAUGUGCAGAAUCCAAUGGGUUGCAAACUCAACGUCGGUGCUGACCCUAGGAG